AUGAGCCAUGAGAAGGUACAGAUCAUAUCUCUGUCCCACCACCAGACUCUCCUGGAGGAGAUGCAUCAGCUGAGAAACUUGGGCCACCUGUGUGACAUAACUGUGCAGGUGGACCACAAGGGUGAUAUGAGGGAGUUUGAGGCCCACCAAGUGGUGCUAGCCGCAUCAAGUGGCUACUUUAAAAGCAUCCUCGUGGCAGAGGAAUCUGUCAAAAAAGCGCUGUUGUGUGACGUGCCCACUGCCGUUUUCGAUGCUUUCCUGCAGUACGUGUACACAGGUCAAAUCGAGGGCUGGAGAAGACGCACACAGAAGAGGAGAAAGAACGAUGACGAGGACGCAGGAAAGAAGAGUAAGGAUGCAGGGGAGAAGACUAAGGACACAAGGAAGAAGAGUAAGGAUGCAGGGAAGGACACAAGGAAGAAGAGUAAGGAUGCAGGGGAGAAGAGUAAGGAUGCAGGGAAGGACACAAGGAAGAAGAGUAAGGAGAGUAAGGAUGCAGGGAGAGUUGGGGAUGAGAGCACAGAAUUAACAGCAGCCCUACUGGGCAUUGAACAGAACGACAAAAGACAACUCUCAGAAGGACAAGGCGGGUGUCUCCCGCGGAGAAAUAUAUCUGCGAAGACGUGCAAUCGGUCCUUCCUGUACGAGAAGAGCUACCUGAAGCACCUGUCGAAGACCCACGGCGAGCGGGCCGAGGUGACGUACCGCUGCGGCACGUGCCAGCACGUCUUUGCCAACCGCAGCAACCUCAAGAUCCACGAGCAGCACGUGCACAGCGAGGAGCGUUGCUACCUGUGCGACGCCUGUGGCAAGGGGUUCAAGCGCAGGAAGGACGUGCGGCGGCACCAGAAGCAGGUGCACGAGGGCGGCAGCCAGCGCCACAUGUGUCCCACGUGCGGCAAGGCGCUGAGCUCGCGCACGGCCCUCAAGCUGCACGAGCGCACGCACACCGGCUACAAGCCCUUCGAGUGCGGCGAGUGCAACGCCAAGUUCUCACAGAGCUCCGCACUCAAGACGCACAAGAGGAUCCACACUGGAGAGAAGCCAUUUGCCUGCGACGAAUGUGACGCCAAAUUCACCCAGAACCACAUGUUGCUUUACCACAAGCGCUGCCACACAGGUGAGAGGCCCUUUAUGUGUGAGAUCUGUGGGAAGAACUUUGCUUCUAAGAAGUACCUGAAGCACCACACCAUGCUUCAUUCAGGCUACAAACCGCACAAGUGCGAGAUCUGUGAAAGACCCUUCGCCCAGAUGAACUCCUUACACCAGCACAUGAAAACACACACAGGAGAGCGUCCAUACCAAUGCACGGAAUGCGAUAAGAAUUUCACGCAGCUAAGCUACCAGAGACACCAGCGCAUCCACACGGGAGAGAAGCCGUACAUGUGCACACUCUGCAACCGCACCUUCACCGACAAGUCCACCAUGCGUCGGCACGCCCUGACUCACGACAAGGAGACGCCAUGGAGGAACUUCCUGAAGGUGCUGAAGGACAACGUGGAAGACCCAAGCGUCAAGAAGCCCCGGGUGCCUGUCGUGAAGAGGAUGAAGAGCACCCCCACAGAGGAGCCCCCCACCACGCCAGGUCGCCGCAAGACCAGGUCCCAGAACACCGUGAUGGCGGAGACCGUGACGGUGCCCGCACUGGACCGUCCGGGGACAGUCACGGUCGCGUCGCCGACCCUGGAGGCGGCGUUGUUAGCCGGGGAGAUCCAGUGUGUGACGGUGGGGGAGACGGACCUGACGGAGGAGGCUGCGGGCGACGGCUCGGGCUCUAGCAUCCAAUUGGACGUGACGGGGGACAUCAGGGAGGGUGAGACCACGGGAAACAUGGAGGCCAUGGAGGUGACAACGUGCGUCAUCUCUGAGUAGCCAUGGAGACAGACAGACAGGAGACAGUUCUGCAUCACUGCACCAAACCAUCAAGGGAACUCUCCUCUCUCUCUCUGGCAAUCCAUGUUGAACUAAAUCUCUUGAACUACUGCUUGUGUCGAAUAACAGUUUCAAUCAAAUUACAUAGACAGCAUACACAGUUGUUCUGAAAUAGAUCACAUUCUGUUUGCAGCCUUAAUAACAUACACACAAAGUGACAUGUUGCCAAGGAAACAGUAUAAUGGGAUUUGCCUUGACCAGACAAGACCAAACUGAACUUCAUGUUCUUUUCCCAGCCUUAACCAUACAUUUACCACAGUAUAUGAUCCUUACAAAGUAACAUCAUAUCAGUAUAAUACUAUUAUUUUUACACACACACACACAUAUAUAUAUAUAUAUAUAUAUAUAUAUAUAUAUAUAUAUGUUUGUCUUUGUAAAAACAUGUUUUGCUUCACAAAGGUUUGCACUUAUGACCUGAUGUACAGUUAUAUAUAUUCAAUCUUUUUACCUCCAUGGAAACUAAAAUAUGACAAAUGAUAUGAAA